CGCCCACUUGCGUUAGUCGCGCACAGUCAUAUAAAGGCGACGCUGGCCUGAGACACCCACGCUCAUUCUCUACGCUCUCUAGUCCUCCUCCCGAAUAUUCACUCUCCUUAGACCGACGUGUUCCUGGCACCAUAUGUCUGCAAGCGAUCCCCAGACGCACCAGCUUGGCCAGAGCUCAGUACCGUUUCCAUCAUCCAGUACCUCGCAGGGCGCACAGAUGCAAGAGUCUGAGUCGUCUUCGUCAAACCAGACAAGCUCGGACAAACUGUCGGCGCUACCGACUCAGUCAUCACCUGCUCUUGGACGUCUGCGCUCGCCAAGCCGUAUUGUCCGUCGCAGCAUGGAUAUGUCUAGCUCACUGUCUUCUAUCGACUCGCCGGGCUCGGCCGGUACUCAAGGCCGGCAUCAGGUUCCACCCUACACGCGUGCCAGCGAAUCGGACGGUUCCAUUGGCGUUGGGACGACGCGGCAGAGGCAAUCUUUGGAGAGCGACCACACGUCUCUGCCAGCUACUCUCCAAGGUAUUAGGCAAGCUAUUGCGGCGAGACGCCCUCAUCGUCGCAGCCAGUCGGCAACCCGCUCCCCAUCUCCCUUGUCAGGAGAGGGCUCUGUCGGUACCAAGCAGACACCGCAGCAGCCCUCUGACCUCCGUAUACACAAUCUGCGCAACCUUUCUCCGAGGCCCGGCAAGGAAACGCAAACACCGACCUCCCGAUCCCCGUCCCAAUCCAGAGCUGCAUCGCCUCUUCGUCGACUCGGAUGGGCACUACAUCGGCACCACACUCGCGAGGAACCCUUCAUUCCUGUGGAUCCAUUCCGUUUGAGCGCGUUCAACAGAGGUAGCAGAUGCGCCAGUGCACGGAAGGAUGACGAAGACAGCAAUCCUAACGAUCGACUCUUCGGGUGUCUUCCCUUACCAGCGAGUGCAAAGGCCGGAGAGAAGUCGGCCGAGUCGGACAGCGGCUGGUUCACGCUCGCCAGCGAUACACAAAUCUUCCUUUGCGACAGCCUUCCCCGUCAGGCAUACCUCAUCUUGCUACUAGGGCUGCCCGCGUUGUACUGGUCGCGCGUCGCUCGAGUGUUUGAAGAUGCGGAGGUCAGCAAGCCCGACGUUCGACGCAUGAUCGACGCGUCGAUCUCGAACGCGUUUCACAUCCCUACUUUGUAUCAAUCUGCGUCGCGGGGCCGCUCCGCGCCUCAUGCGCACACGGUGCUCCUGCCCUUCCCCGAAGACUGGAACCCAGAAACGGUCUCACCAGCACUGGUGCGCUUCAAACACUCAUGGGAGCAGUUCGUGGACUCCCUCCUCCGCGAGUGGAAGACGCUCAAUUUGGUGUCUGCGCUUCUGUGCACGUGCGUAUUGAUCAUCUCCGCACCCCCUCGCAAGAGGGCGAUCUUGACGAUGUUUCAAGUGAACGACGCGGACGACGACCCACUGACACGCUCAGCCGCGCUGUUUGGCCUGAUCUUCGCGCUCAUGAGUCUCAUCUAUGGAUGUGUCUUCAUCGUACAAUUUGGAACCAUGCGUACUAUGGACAGAGCAUCCCGCUGGGCGGAGGAAGCGCAGAGAUCCAAGACCUCCAUCCUGUGGAACAUCUGGGUCUUGCUCGCGACGCCUGCUAUCUGGCUAGCAUGGUCCAUGAUUGCUUUCUGCGUGUCCAUCCUCUCCUUCGUCUGGCGAACCGGCGCGGCGUCAGACCAGACUCCCCCCGCUCCCUUGACCCGCACACAGGCCAUCGGCGUACGCACGGCUAUCACAGCGGUGUUCGCCCUCGGACUUCUUUGUUUCGCAAUGAUUAUCCGCACGUUCCGCUCCUAUCAUGAUGCCCGUGGGCACCGGCGGAGACUCGAGGACCCCCUCUUGGGCGAGCGCGGGAGGGCUCCGGAAAGGGAGAGGCGGGAUGCGAUGGAGGAGCCGAGGGAGCGGGAGAAGGCCCUGUCUCCAUCCUCUGUGGGCCUUGGCCUCGGGCUCACAGGGCUUUCAGACCACGCGCUGAGCUCACCGAGGAUGGGGCUGGCCAGUGUGGCUCUGAGAGAGGUCGACUCAGAGAAAGGCGACUUUCAGACUGCCGAGGGCGGAAGGGGCCGCGGAACGCUGUCUCCCAAGCUCUGAAUCAUGUCAUCGGGCACACCCAGCACUGGCUUGUAUUCUGCACUGUAGCAUGCACUCGAAGUAGCAUAAAUUUCUCGUACUCUGUC